CAUCUAUAAAAUUUAAUCUCACAACUCGGCUGCCGCGAGCUGGAUGUUUUCUGGCUAAUACGUGCUGGGAUGGCGAGCUACCACUUCCAGAUGAUGGCCGCAUUUGGUGAGCAAGAUGUGGUGGAGCAGGAACGGGAACGGGAACGGGAGCAACGUGUGUGUUGGAUAUGCUUUGCCAGCGAAGACGAGAACCGCCGGGCUGUGUGGGUGCAGCCGUGCCAGUGCCGCGGCGCCACCAAGUGGGUGCACCAGAGCUGCCUCUAUCGCUGGAUCGACGAGAAGCAGAAGGGCAACAUGCGGCGCAUUGUCACCUGCCAGCAGUGCCUGACGGAGUACAUGAUUGUCUAUCCAUCGAUGGGCCCGCUGGCCGCUGGCCUCGAACUCACCUACGGCAUGGUCCGCCGCAGCAGCCCCUUUGUGGUGGGUUGCCUCUUCCUUGGCGCCAUCUACUGGUCGGCCAUGUCAUUUGGGGCCACAACUGUGGUCCAGCUCAUGGGCAGUCCGCGUGGCUUCUCGCUCAUUGCAAACGCAGACACGCUGGCCUUGGCCGCCGGUCUGCCCCUUGUGCCAGUGGCACUCCUCUUCUCACGAUUCAUUCGCUGGGAGGACACCGUGCUGCAUCUCAUUCGCAGCCGCCACAAUAUCUUUCGCAAGGUGCCGAUCCUCAGUUUGCUGUACAGAACCACCUCCGAAUCGGAGGACGCAUCGCUCGAUGGAGACAUCUAUUCCAACUUCUCGAGCCCGUGCCACGCACGAGUCAUUUCCGGCGCCCUUAUGCUCCCCACCCUCGCCACACUCGCCGGUGGCAUCUUCUUCCCGAGUGUGGGCGACACCCUGAAUCGCAACCUGCUCGGCGGCGCCACCUACAUUGCCGCCAAGGGCCUUCUCAACAUCUAUCUGCGCCAGAAGCUCUUUCUGCGCAGUCGCCGCCGUCUCGUGUUCGACUACACCGAAGAGAAUGUUCGCGUCUCCAGCGGCAACGAGCCCGAUGGCACGCAUCGGCCACAGAAUCGCCAGAAUGCAGGAUUCGACUACGAUUCCGACUCCACCGAUGAGGACAACUGGCAAACUGACAGCGACUCCGAGGCGGACAUGGACUGAUUUCGCAUUGUACUUAUACCACGGCUCGGGGCGCUCAUCGGAAUUGGCAAUGGGAAAAAGAUAAAAGUGGGAAAAUGUCAAGAGGGAGGGGGCAUCUAAAUUGUUUUUAAUCACAGUAAAUCGUUCCUUAUUAGUUCUUUAAACAUCAAUACGUAAAUGUUCCCAUGU